CACCGAAUUUUAAAACUCCAGUGCCAGCUAAGUAACCUCUAAUUCUUCUGAAAAUGAAGUGCAAAAUAAGAAGAAUUACGAAAUGAUAUCAUAAAUUAAUAAAAACCAGUGAUCAUGAAUUUCCGGAAGAAAAUCUGGCCGAAAACUGCUGGAGAUGGUGCAUCAAUGGUUUUCGUUUUGAUAAUAGUUCCAGUGAUUUACUGGUUCGAGCUGUGGGUCGUUCUUCCCCAGCUGUUCUCUCCAGGAUCUUCAAUUUAUCUCUUUCACUUCACUCUUGGGACUUUUAUACUUAUAAAUAUUGUUGGGAACUUCACAUACACUGUUCUCUGUGACACAAGCACUAGAUCAGUUAUUUUGCCGGUGAGCAAAGCCAAAGUGAAGGAAGGUUGGAGAUUUUGUCUCUCCUGUGAGUCUCUGGCACCACCUCGAUCCUGGCAUUGUCAAACAUGUGGAAUUUGCAUUUUAAAGAGAGAUCACCACUGUGUUUUCACCGGUUGCUGUGUGGGACACUUCAAUCAUCGAUAUUUUCUCAUGUUCGUGCUCUAUUUGUUCAUCGCAACGGUCUAUAGUUUUUAUUACAACAAUUAUUUUAUAUGGGGGAGAAUAAAAUUUGAUUUUCCCAUGUCCAUUGUUAAAAUGGUUUUUCCUCUGGCCUUUUUCGUAUUUGGAUUCGAUUACUCCAUGGAUCAGUUCUAUCUCACACUGUAUAUCAUCUCCAUCGUGGGGAUGGCCUUCACUGGAGCACUCUCGGUUUAUCAUUUUCAUCUCGUGUUUACUGGAGGAGUUGCUCAUGAACGAGCUAAGAGGAAUUCAAGGUAUAAUCUUGGAUGGAGGCAGAAUUUAAAAGAUGUUUUCGGCGAACGGUGGUAUCUUACUUGGAUUCUCCCUUAUUUUGAGUCCAGACUUCUUGGGGAUGGAAUAAACUGGAAAACUGCAGCCUCGUGGAGAGAGAAGACCAGGUGAAAUAAGAGAAUCAAUUUUUAUUGCUGUGUUAAAUUUCAGUUAAACAAGGUAUUGAGUGUUGAAUGCUUCAAAGUUUAUGUAAAUAAGUGUUUUUGUAAAGAAAAUAAAUAUCAUUAAUGGUAUUUUAGACUGACAGUA